AUGGGUUUGGCUCUCGUCGAUGUCGACUCCAGAGGUUUUGUUAUGCUCCGCUCGAUACAUCAACAAGGCGUGGUGCAUGCAGGAGAAGCCGAAUUGGAGGAGGCGACGGCCGGUUUGAAGUGGCUGUCUGAACCUCUCGCAACACCGCGAGCAUCCUACGUCCCUGCGCUCGGUGCGAUCGAUACCACUGGAAUGCCAGAGUCACGGUAUCGCGGUUUCGAGGAGCACAAGGCUUCCAUACACGGCGGACUUUCGAAGCUCGACCAACAUCCACACGGCUGUGGAAAGUUCAUAUAUAUCUUGAUGAGCAGCACGAUGGAGCCAUUGCCGCUGCGUUGGGUUUCCACGCUCCCGCAUUCAUCCUCCAUGCCACUCACAUUGGAGCAUUUGAGGGCAUGGGCGCGAGGGACCGACCGCGUGCUGUGUACGAGCCUUCUCGCCAUUUCUUUCAGCCGCUGUCCCAGCCUACUUGGGGUGGCAAAGCACUUCCAGGACAUUGGGAGUUCCUCACCACAGCAGGUGAGAACAGUGUCCGAGCACAGGCUGAGCGCGAGUUUGGCGAGAUCCUGUCGGCGCCGCAUGGUCAACGGGACCUUCAUCAAGGAAGAUCCUACGAUGGAGCUUCCACUUGUAUGGGUACUUCCCUAUGACGAUGCGGAAUCGCCGGCAGCUGUUCUCGGUACUGGCAGCAAUGAUGGCGAUACUCUCAGCGGUAUCGUGGAUGACAGCAUCGAAGCUCCAUUCUUGAGAAGUCAGGCUGAUCGACAAGUUUUUGGGACGGGGAAAACCCUUGCUGACAUUCUCAGAGACCUGGAUGCUGGCACUUACACCCCUCUCAACGACGGCGUGGAUCCGCACUCCGGCCUGCCUCAAGAUCCCACGAACGGCGGCGCCAAUGAACAAACAAGCACCCAUCCGAAGCGACACUACGCCACGAUAAUAUUGGGCAGACGCAACAAGAGGCUGCCGUACACUGUCGAUCGGUCAGAAGCUCGAAAAGGUGUGCCUGAAGUCCACAAGUUCUGGGUCCCCAACAAGCACGGAUCCUGGACACGUCGCAGGGACGAAGAUGGCAAACAGUUCGACUGGGAUUGUGAGAAGUCCAUCAGGAAUUUAAACAGCUGGCGUUUGAGGCAGUUCAGAGAGGCUGGCUUCUACAUCAAACCAACUCCCGGCUCGUAUUCGAAUGCACAGAUGAAAUGGUUGGUCGACAUCGUCACGGCACAAAGCGGUGCACCCCCAGCGGAGGGCUACGGCGAGAUGACCAGGCGUUUCAAUGCGACUUUUCCUGGGAAACUGGAUCGCACAGAAGCGAACCUCAGUUUUCAGUACUGGAUUCUGCAGAACGAAUUCCGGGACAAUGGGAUGCAAUUUUCAGAAUCGCGGCGCUGCACUGGUGGAAGGAGGAGUGGGAGCGUGAGAGGCCUUGACGGAGGGUCAGGUGAGGCUCACGAAGGGACAGAUCGGCUGGAUGAGGGAGGGCAUCGGAGUGAUGGAGCAGAGGGAGUGGACAAUGGCUUGGAAGGUGAAGAGGUGACUGAUGAUAAGUUGGCUAACGAGGACCUCACCGGUGAAGCGUAA